AUGACUUCAAAUUUAGUUAAAGGUCAUAUUCUUUCCGGACUUUUUGGUUUUUCUCUCGGAUUCUUAACCUUAUGGUUAACCUCUCGGUGGCGUCAACAAAAAGAAAAAAAACGCAAAUCAAAUCCAUCGACAACUGUUACUGAACAAGUUGAAUCAUUACAUUGGAAUCCAUUAGAUGAACGACGUGGUUUAGGUGAUCUUAUAACAAAAGUCAAUCAUAUAGGAAUAACUGUAUCAGAUGUUGGUAAAUCAUUGCAUUUCUACGUUGAUAUAUUAGGAUUACAACAAAUUCGUCGCCCUAAUUUUGAUCGUCACGGUGCUUGGUUAACAAUGGGUAAUGUUGAACUUCAUCUUAUCAAAGGUAUACCUGCGAUUCCAGUAGUUGAUAAUCUCCAAGUUGCACAUAUAGCAUUUGAAACAAAAAAUAUUGAUGAAGUUUUAUUUAAAUUACGUCAAUUAAAUAUUGAUGUUCGUCAAAAUUUAUCAAUAACUAAUGCACAAAAAGCAGCAUUAAAAGAUUCUGAUUCAAAAUCAAAACCAAUAAUUACUCAAUAUUUUUUUACUGAUCCUGAUGGAUAUUUUUGGGAAUUAUGUAAUUGUGAAAUUCUUACAGAAUUUGCUCUUAAUAAAAAUCAAAAAAUUAAAGAAGUUGAAUAUCGUGAAGAUAUUCCAAGUGGUGUUGUAUUCGACGUUGCUCGAGUAGCAAAACGUUGGACGGGUGGAAGUAAAAAAGGUCUAGCAGAACAAUUUUAUGAUAUAUUAAAAGAUAUACCUCGAGCAACUGAAGUUGACGAAGCGAAAUUUAAUAAUCUUAUUAAACGACGUACUAUAUAUGGUGAUAUUAUGCAAGGAUUUACUGAUGAAGAUAUUAGAGAGGCUUUACUUAUAACAAAUAAUUCUGUUCCAUUAGCUGUCCGUAUUUUAACCCAAAUACGUGGUGAAAAUAAAUUUUAUCAGCCACCUGCAUUUCUCGAGAACGGAGAAUUAACUACGCCAAAAUCAUUUUUUAUAGAUAAAAACAAGUUAAAAUAA